AAAAAUUUAUUUUAGAAGGUCGAACGACCGAAAAGUUUCUGUAGUUGGCUCAUUCCCCACUCCAAGUUAUCACGGGUUUACCCAAUUAUAGUUGACCUGAGGUCAGUCAGCAAAACAAUCAGCUCUUUAACACAGACCUUCGAUCAUAUAUAACCAUUGUAUUCUCUGCUUCGUCGGUUUACACUCGUUUGUAGCUGCAAUUAAGUGGUCGAAAUACAUAAAUGAGUUGAAAGAAAAAGAAAGUUUAUAAUGCAAUCUCUUAAAGCUUGGCUUUAAAGAGAGUAGUUUUUAGUGUCAUAAUUUUAUAUACAACUGCUACGUUAGAGACAUGAAACGGACAGCGACCCGCCUCCUUUUAUUCGGCUGAUGGUCCGAAAAUAUUUACUCGGUUAUCUAAAAAUACAUCUCCGCAUGAAAUAGGAAUCGAUACAUCGUAUUUUAUUCUGUUAAUCUCAACUCGAACAGGAAUAAAGGAAUGACAGUUUUCUGUAUAUAUUUGUGUCUAAACAUGCUCGCACCUUGGCAACACAACAACAAUUUCUCUUCUCAAAGGUGUGUUUAUUUAUUUAUUCAUCCACACAUUCUUUAUCUCCACAGUAACCGUCGGAUCUUCGUCUACACCGAGGGAAAGAUACAGAAAAAAUUAACGAAUGAAAAAUGCCAAGUGCUGGAGGCGUGUGCCCUCCAAUAAUUACACCUUUACAUAACCGGCCUACAACAAAUUCAAUAACAACCAAAAUUAAUAUAUCUACUUUGAUUCAAUUAAGUUCAGAAACACAAGGUUGCCGUAUAUAUUUUACAACUGAUGGGACGAAACCAAGUCAUUUCAAACGUAAAGUGGCUGGUCGGGAAAUCACAUUCAAAUACUUUGCUCCAUUUACUCUGAAACCUGGGAAGAGAACAAUUAAGACUAUUGCUGUGUCCAGAGAUGGACUUCAAGAAAGUGUUGUUGUCACUAAAACAUUUUUUGUGGAAAAUAUCCAAGAGUCUGAUACCGACAAUUCAUGUGAAUACUUCCGCCCAGUCAAAAGCAACGAACCUUUCAAAUCCUCCAGUUAUUAUAGUAAAAAUGACCAUUUCCUGUCUGAAGGAGAAGACAAAGACAACCAAAUGGUAUCUGUUCAACAAUCAAGAGAAUUCCCUGUUAAUCAAGCUUGGGAAGAAAAAAAUGAGGAUAUCUAUGACCACAGAAUUAAUUACAGAAAUUCUUCAGAGAUGCAGGAACUCCAAAAAUCUAUCCAGCCAACCAACUAUUCUGGGACACAAAUCAAUAUGUUUGGAGUGCCUCCCAAUCUAUCCAGAAAUUUCCAUGAAUAUUUUAAUCAAUUCCAACCCAAACCCACACAAUAUGGAUUUAUCACCGAACAAAUGAUACGUGGUCUGAAUGAUAAUAACAGGGCUGUAACUAUUGGUGAAAUAAGGAACAUCAUUGAAGAAAAUCAGCAGAAACAGAAUCCUGAAGUGAGGCAGCCUGCUCCUUUGGCUUUGCCCGAAGCUCCUGUCAAGACAAAGGUUGUUGAACGCCUUACAUAUCGGGAUCCACCACUACAAGAUGUCAGUGUAGGUCACGGUAACCUCAAUGAACAGAUUCUACACAUUUACAGUCAUUUGUUGAAAUACUCUAAACUUGAUGGAGACUUUCGCUCUAAAGUCUCAUAUCCAUGUUUCGGUAAAGUUUUGACAAGUGACUUUGAAGAUGAAGAAGAUUGCUACAGAAUAACUCUGAUAAUGGAAAAGCCUGGUGUUCAACGUGCUCCUCGUCACAAACUGCUCAAAUCUAGAAAUGUUUCAAGACCACAAACUGACACAGAUGAGAAAAAGAAAACUCCCAAGAAAAUUCCAAAAUCAGAUCCAUAUUUUGAAAUGGAAAUGGAAGAUAUUGAGGUAAGGCCACAAACUAACACAGUUGAGAAAAACAAACCAGUUUCUGUAAAUCCACAGCUGCUGCGGGAGAAAAUUCCAAAAUCAAAUCCUGCUUUUGAAAAGAAAGUUAUGGAUAUUGAGGUAAGACCGCAAGUUAAGACCGUUGAGAAAAAGAAACCAGUUGCUGUAACUCCACAGCCACCAAACAAAGAAACUCCAAAGAAGGAAAUUCCAAAAAUGGACCCUUAUUUUGAAAUGGAAGUUGAAGAUAUUGAGGCUCAAGAGGGAACAGUGAAGAGUUACCCCAAAUUCAAUGCUGAACAAGAUUGUGAACUUCUAAGAGAAGCUAUGAAAGGAUUAGGAACUGAUGAGGACAUGAUUAUAAAUGUAUUAGCAUACAGGUCAAGCCCACAACGUCAAGAAAUUUUGAAGAAAUUUAAAACUAUGUUUGGAAAGGAUUUAGUUGCAGAAUUGAAAAGUGAACUGAGUGGCAAUUUAUGUGAGUGUGUGAAAUCUCUAUGUAUGGCACCAGCAGAAUUUGAUGCCAAGCACCUCCGAAAUGCUAUGAAGGGUCUUGGAACUAAUGAAACCGUCCUUAUUGAAAUCCUCUGCACACGUUCAAACGCUCAAAUCAAAGAAAUCAUUUCAACUUAUAAGAAAAUUUUCAAUCGAGACUUAGAGAAAGACAUAAUUUCUGAAACAUCCGGACAUUUCAAGAGACUUCUUGUGGCACUGGUGUCUGCCAACCGAAGCGAAAGCAAACAAGUGGACCGGAACAAAGCCAACCAGGAUGCUAAAGCAAUGUACCAAGCCGGUGAAGGCAAAUGGGGAACCGAUGAGUCAAAAUUCCAUACCAUUCUCGUCACUCGAAGUUACCCUCAGCUGAGGGCCACAUUUGUCGAAUAUGCAAAGAUUUCCCGUAAGAGCAUUGAGGAUGCCCUGAAGAGUGAACUCAGUGGAGAUCUUUUGACUGGCAUGCUCACCAUUGUGCGAUGCAUCCAAAACAAAGCCAACUAUUUUGCUCGUCAACUGAUGAAAUCGAUGCAAGGUCUGGGCACGGAUGAUGAUACUUUGGUCAGAGUUGUUACGUCACGCUGUGAAAUUGACAUGGUGCAGAUUAAGAAAGAAUUCUUCAACCUUGCAAGCCAAAAAUUGGAAGAUUAUAUUUCUGGUGAUAUCUCAGGAGAUUACCUCAAGAUAAUUUUGGCCUUAGUCGCUGGUGGAAAACCUCCUGAUUUAAAAGUCAUGGGAGGAAAAGCUCUGGUGCAGUCAGUUCAGAAUAAAAGUGUAAAACAAUUGGAUAAAGAAGUGAAAAUGGAAUCCGAAGAUAUACAGGUUAGUAUAGAUUUAUUCUGUGAAGUUAUAACAUCAGGCUUUGGUACUGAUGAAGCUGCCAUCAUAGAUGUAAUAACCCAUCGAUCAUGCAACCAGAGACAGAAAAUAAUGCAAACCUUUAAGACCAUGUUUGGAAAGGAUUUAAUAAAAGAAUUGAAAAGUGAACUUAGUGGUUGUUUCCGUGAUACAAUUCUUGGUCUUUGUAUGAAACCAGUUGAGUUUGAUGCCACCAAUCUAAAUAAAGCCAUGAAGGGUUUGGGUACAAAUGAGAAAACUUUGAUUGAAAUAAUCUGUACCAGAACAAACCAACAGCUGAAAGAAAUCAAAGAAGUUUAUAAAACAAUGUUCAAGAACAGCCUGGAGGAUGACAUAGCAGGAGAUACAUCAGGACACUUCAAGAACCUGUUAAUUAGUCUUGUACAAGGAAACCGAGAUGAAAAGAAGUCUUUUGAUCGAAACAAGGCUAAGCAAGAUGCUGAAGAACUUUACAAGGCUGGAGAGAAGAAAUGGGGAACUGAUGAGUCUCGCUUUAAUGCCAUUCUUUGUUCAAGGAACUAUUCUCAGUUGCGAGCCACUUUCCAAGAAUAUAUUUUAUUAUCGCAGAAGGAUAUAGAAGAUGUCAUCAAAUCAGAAAUGUCAGGAGACCUCAAAAACAGUAUGCUGGCCAUAGUUCAAUGCAUUCGAAACAAGGCCAUGUUUUUUGCCAGUGCCCUGUACAAAGCUAUGAAAGGACUUGGUACUGAUGACAAAACGGUAAUUCGGAUCAUCGUAUCGCGUUCAGAGGUUGAUAUGGUGCAAAUAAAACAGGAGUUUCAGAAAGCAUACAAAGAGACUUUGGAAAGUUUCCUUAAAGGUGACUUAUCGGGGGAUUACUUGAAAACCAUGUUAAAUUUAACUGGAAAUAGCUAAAAGCAAAAAAGAAAAACUUCAAGAGUGAACAGUUACUGGAUCUGAAAACUGAACUAACCAAAAUCCUUUCUCACACACACAUUACGCAUUUUCAUGCUUUUGCAGUCAAAUACUCUCUAACAAAGACACCUACAUGCGUUCUCAUAAACACACACUAACAAAAAAAAAAAAGUCAGUCUUUUACUUUACAAUUAUUAUAAAGUCACUCUUUCUUAGACAAUACAAUGCUUAUACAAAAUACUUAAAAGUAAUGUACAGACUUUCUCGCACAUACACGCAUAGGAUUACACAUUCACACAAAUACAUAACGUAUUCCUCUCAUGCAUGCACCUAAACACAUACAUGCACUGCACAUGCAGUUUUUAUAUGCUUAUAUAUAUUAUAUUAUAUAUAUGUGUGAAAACUUACUGUACAACUGUUCAACCAGUAAGGUUAGAAUUGAUUUCAAUUAAUGAAUUACAAAGGACUAAAAAUAAAAAUCAACAUGUUCAACUAA